AUUAGGGCUUAUUUUGUAUGAAUAAAGUGUCAAACAAUGAGUGAAUCCGCAAAACUCCUGAUUAAGAAUUGCGAACAAAUAGUUCAGGUGUGCAGUAGUGGACAGAAAUACCUGAGAGGUGCAGAUCAGGACAACAUUGCCAUACUUUGCAGACAUAAUGGCAUCGGAUGUAGUCUUGUCAUUGGAUUUGAUGGACUUAUUAAAGACAUCGCUUACGACAAUAUAAUUGCCGCCAAAUAUAAUCAAUUUGAUGAAGUGAUCGAUGGAACCAAUUGUUCGCUCAUUCCGGGACUCGUUGACAGUCACUGUCAUCCGGUGUUUGCCGGCGAUCGGGUCUUCGAGUUCGACGCCAAGGCAAGGGGUGCCUCUUAUAUGGACAUCCAUUCACAAGGCGGUGGUAUUUAUUACACAGUCUCUCAGACACAGUUCGCAUCUGAAGAACACCUUUUAGAACUUCUUGUGCGGAGAAUCAAAGACAUGAUGUCCUGCGGAACCACUUUAUUGGAGUGUAAAUCAGGCUAUGGUUUGGAUUUGGAGACCGAAACCAAAAUGAUGUCUGUCAUCGAAAAGGCUAAGCAAUGUUCACCAAUGGAUUUGGUGACCACAUUCCUGGGCGCACAUGCAGUUCCCAAAGGAAUGACACCUGAAGAAGGAGUUAAAACUGUAAUAGAAAUGAUGGAAAAGUUACGAAAUAACCAGAAUUUAAACAUUGAAUUCGUGGACGUCUUCUGCGAAAAGGGCGUUUAUGACGUGAAACAAAGUGAGGAUAUCUUGAAAGCUGGCAAAGAGUUGUUGAACGCUUUGCCCGCAUUUCACGGCGAAGAACUCAAUCAUUUGGGAUCUGCGGAAAUGGGGGCCAGAGUUAAGGCCCGGUCUGUGAGUCAUCUGGAAAUGAUAGGAGAAGAGGGCAUAAAAGCUCUCUCAGAGCACGAAAUAGUGGCCGUCGUGUGUCCGACAACUCUCUAUCUCCUAAGACUACAGUCCCCUCCCGUCCGCAAAAUGAUUACCGAUAAUGUGAUUAUAGCCGUGGGAUCUGAUUUCAAUCCAAACGCAAUGUGUUAUUCCCUUCCGAUGGCAAUGAAUAUAAGUGUCAUGAAGUGUGGUCUAACUCCCAACGAAUCCCUGUCCGCCACGACCAUCAACGCUGCCUUUGCAUUGAAUCGAUGGCAGACUCACGGCUCUCUCGAAGUGGGAAAAUAUGGCGAUUGUCUGGUCAUUGACUCAUCCGAUUGGAGACAUAUUGUAUCCGAUUUCGGAAACACAUCCAAACUUAUCAAACAUGUCAUCAAAAAAGGAAAUGUUAUUCAAUGA